GUCCUGACCAAUUUUUUGCUGGCACACACACGUCCACAGCACUAUCAUAUACUCUUUUUCUUCCUUCUUCCGUUUCAUUUUCGGCGUCCCUCUCUCCCUCCCACAAUGGACCUCCAUCGCCGGCCGCCGCCCGCCGCUGACGACGGAGCAAUCCACCCCAAGAAGAGGAGGGACACUUCCUCUCCCAAGGCCUCCGACGCUCUCCCUCUCCCUCUCUACCUCACCAACGCGAUCUUCUUCACGCUCUUCUUCUCCGUUGCUUACUUCCUCCUCCACCGCUGGCGCGACAAGAUCCGCAGUCACACUCCUCUCCACGUCGUCACUCUCUCCGAGAUCGCCGCCAUUUUCUCCCUCAUCGCCUCCUUCAUCUACCUCCUCGGCUUCUUCGGCAUCGACUUCGUCCAGUCCUUCAUCUCACGCGCCUCCAACGACGCCUGGGACCUCGACGACGCCGUUACAGAUUCUCCCUCUUCCUCUCCCUCUCCCUCUCCCUCGCCCGCAAUUACCAAAAUGCCCUCACGGGAUGCCUCGAUUAUAUUAUCCUCCGAGGAUGACGAGGAGAUUGUAAACUCCGUCGUGGAAGGCGUCACGCCCUCCUACGCGCUCGAGUCCCGCCUGGGCGACUGUCGCCGCGCCGCGGCGAUUCGACGCGCGGCGCUGCAGCGCCUGACGGGGCAGUCGCUUGAGGGCCUGCCGCUGGAGGGGUUCGACUACGACUCCAUUUUAGGGCAGUGCUGCGAAAUGCCGGUAGGGUAUGUGCAGAUUCCGGUAGGGGUGGCGGGGCCGUUGUUGUUGGAUGGAUUCGAAUACACUGUGCCGAUGGCCACCACGGAAGGGUGCCUUGUGGCGAGUACCAACAGAGGGUGCAAGGCCAUCUAUGCUUCUGGUGGGGCCAGCAGUGUGGUUUUGAGGGAUUGCAUGUCUAGGGCACCUGUUGUUAGAUUCUCCACUGCCAAGAGAGCUGCACAGUUGAAGUUUUUCUUGGAGGAUCCUCUCAAUUUUGAUACCUUGUCACUUGUUUUCAACAGGUCGAGUAGAUUUGCCAGGCUCCAAGGUAUUCAGUGUGCUAUGGCUGGGAAGAAUGCUUAUUUGAGAUUCACUUGUAGCACGGGUGAUGCCAUGGGGAUGAACAUGGUUUCCAAAGGGGUGCAAAACGUUCUUGAUUUUCUUCUGAAUGAUUUCCCCGACAUGGAUGUUAUUGGCAUUUCUGGAAAUUAUUGUUCGGACAAGAAACCUGCUGCAGUAAAUUGGAUCGAGGGACGUGGGAAAUCAGUUGUUUGUGAAGCAAUUAUCAAAGAAGAAGUGGUGCAGAAGGUAUUGAAAACCAACGUGUCUGCCCUGGUGGAGCUUAACAUGCUCAAAAACCUUGCUGGUUCUGCUGUCGCCGGUGCUCUUGGUGGAUUUAAUGCCCAUGCUAGUAACAUUGUUUCUGCCAUCUUUAUAGCCACUGGCCAAGAUCCAGCUCAAAAUGUUGAGAGUUCCCAUUGCAUAACCAUGAUGGAAGCCGUCAAUGACGGGAGGGACCUUCACAUCUCAGUGACCAUGCCUUCCAUUGAGGUGGGUACUGUUGGGGGUGGGACUCAACUUGCAUCCCAAUCUGCUUGCUUGAAUUUACUUGGUGUGAAGGGUGCAAGCAAGGAGUCACCAGGAUCAAACUCAAGACUCUUGGCCACCAUUGUUGCUGGAUCUGUUUUAGCAGGAGAGCUGUCUCUGAUGUCUGCCAUUGCAGCAGGGCAGCUAGUGAACAGCCACAUGAAAUACAACAGAUCAAGCAAAGAUGUAACCAAAAUAUCAUCAUCUUGAGGUCAGGGACGUGGUUGCAGUCAUUAAUUCUGGACUCUAGAAUAAAAAAAUUGAGGGUAAGCGGAUUUAGGGAAGGAAAAUGGAGAAACAUUAGAUUAGAUUGUUGGCAUCCACGUUUGGCUCUGCAUUGCUGUCUGUUUAGAUCUUUUAUUAUUUGGAGAGGAAAGUAGAGUUAUACUCUAGAUCUUCCCUGUCCCCUUCUGGAUCAUUUCUUCUUUUCAUUGCUUCUUCUGCCGAGCCAUUCAGUGGGUGUUAACACUUUUUUUCUCCUCAACCAAGACAUUUGACGUGUUAUAUUCUAAUUCUUUUUCCCCUAUAUAAUAUGCUUAGCAUAUCUAUCAUUGUAGCCGAAUGGGUUGAUGAAUAUUCUCUUGUCCGCUAGUGCCCGUCAAUUAAGCUUGAGAUCCCAUUGUCUUAAGUCUUUAUCUAAUUAAUGAAUGUAUUUCUGUUUAAGGGUAAUUUUUGGUCAUGUUUUUCGGUUCCUAAUUUUGUAUAUGAAAAAGAGUUUUGUUC